UUCAAUAUUCACUCUUCCAUACAGCUAGCACAGUUUACAGAGAGCAACAAACAAAGCAACCACAAAAUUUAUGAACCUUUAGAUCACUCUCUCUCAUACACUCUCUCUCUCUCUCUGUUUCAUGGGAUGGUAGAUUUGAGGUCAAGAGCUUCCGCAUUGGUCGCCUAAUUCUCAGAUCUAGCCUCAUAUCACCUGGACCUGGUCUCACAAUGGGCAAAUCACCAGGAAAAUGGAUCAAAACUGUACUAUUUGGGAAAAAAUCAACCAGAUCAAAUAUUUCAAAAGGAAGAGAGAAACUUGCUAUUAGAAAAGAAGGAGUAGUUAACUCCAAGGUGUCAGAAACGGGUUUGGCUUUAGAGCCAACCUCCAAUGCGAUCACAAGUCAUGAAGAAGACCUGGAGCUGGAGAACAAAGAAGUAGAUAAUAUUUUACCUGGAAACCAAGAAAUUGAAUCUGUUCAUCAAGAUGCACCACUUGAUCCAGAGAAAAAAAGGCAGGAUGAAGCGGCUACGAAGGCACAGGCUGCCUUCAGGGGUUAUUUGGCUCGGAGAGCAUUUAGGGCUCUAAAAGGCAUAAUAAGGUUGCAAGCACUUAUUCGUGGGCACUUGGUUAGGAGACAAGCUGUUAGUACAUUAUGCUGUAUGUAUGGAAUUGUCAAGUUACAAGCACUUGCCCGUGGUGGCAGAGUUAGACAGUCUGAGGUUGGAUUUGAAAUUAAUGAAAAGUGUAAUGUUUUGAAGCCUCAGGAUGGCCAGCUUGUCAAUCCAAUUGCUGUAUCCACAGAAAUUAUGAAGCUAUCAGCAAAUACUUUCAUCCGUAAGCUUCUUGCUUCAUCAACUACUAUAAUGGCCCUGCGUUUGCAAUAUGUUGGUGGGGAUCCAAAUUCAGUUCUAAGUUGGUUGGAGCGCUGGUCAGCAUCUCACUUCUGGACACCAAUUCCCCAACCUAAGAAAAUUCGGGAUGCUAAGCCUCAGAGGAAGCAGGGUGGUACUUCUGUGGGAGAUGCUCAAAUGAGCAAGUCAAAACGUACUCACAGAAAGCUUCCUACUGCGAAUUUUGACUCGGUCCCAGUGCAAGCAAAUCCUGAAGUUGAGAAACCAAAACGCAACAUGAGGAAAGUUCCAAGCCAACCCUCGGAUCCUGCGCAAGAAAAUCCACAAAAUGAGUCAGUCCCAGUGCAAGCAAAUCCUGAAGUUGAGAAACCAAAACGCAACAUGAGGAAAGUUCCAAGCCAACCCUCGGAUCCUGCGCAAGAAAAUCCACAAAAUGAGUCAGUCCCAGUGCAAGCAAAUCCUGAAGUUGAGAAACCAAAACGCAACAUGAGGAAAGUUCCAAGCCAACCCUUGGAUCCUGCGCAAGAAAAUCCACAAAAUGAGCUUGAAAAGGUUAAACGAAGCUUGAGAAAGGUUCAUAACCCAGUUGUUGAGAAUGCUGUUCAGUCAGAAGUUGAAUCUGAGACUCCAAAGCUGCAUUUGGAAAAGGAAACAGUUAUCUCAGGUGUUGGUGUUUCAGAACAUGGGGCCAUUAGUUCAAAUGAGAAAAUCAUGAAUGAAGCAACAUUAACCAUUUCCAGUGUGCCAGAUGUGGGAAUUACUCCUAGACAGUCAGUUAGUAAGGAGGUUUCUGACACUCCUAGCAGUUAUCAAGUGACGAAGGAAUCAAAGCCCUUGACAGAGAUUAAAAGCAAAGAUAUAAACAUUUCUGAUGAUGAAAUAAAGAAUGCACCCAUAGAUUUACCGGAUACAAUGUCUAAAGAUGAAAGUUCUCACUUAACAAAUGGAGAUCACAAGGAAGAUCCUGCAGCAGGCAGUGAAAACCAGAAACCAACCCGAAAAGCCUCACCUGUAGCAAAGCAGGAACGUGCAGAGAAUGGUUUACAGAACAGUCCAACAAUACCGAGUUAUAUGGCUGCAACUGAAUCUGCAAAGGCAAAGUUGAGGGCACAAGGAUCCCCAAGAGUUGGACAAGAUGGAAGUGAGAAAAACAACCAAACCCGGCGACAUUCUCUGCCAUCUUCAACUCACAGCAAAAUCAGUUCGCAUUCACCUAGGACACAGAGACCAAUUCAAGCAGGUGGCAAAGGGGGGCCCAAGAGUGAGAAAACCGUAUCAGCUUCUAGAGAUGCAAAUGGAAAGGUAGCUCAAGCAGAAUGGAAGAGGUGAUAUGAGGAUGACCUGUUUCCUGGUGUUGCUUGCCAUGAGGAGGUUGAAAUCGUGAGGUUUAUAUGAUCUAUGAUGAAAAUAAUUGAAUUGAUAGGACUAUAGGUGUGUUUGAUCAGUUUCUUUUUUCUUUUCUUCAUUUGCUGCAUUUUGAGCGUGAGGGUGAUUUGUACAUUAUAGGUUUAGUUUUGCUUGAUGCAACUAUACCCAAAUUUAAGUUCUGUUUGUUUUCGACGUGAUUUCUGUUUUGUCCA